CCCCUGACACGCCGCUCCUGCCUGAAGCAGCAGCAACAGCCAGCACGGCCCUCCCACCCGGCCACUCCUCCUCCUCCGCCGCGUGUCCCCGCCUCCCCUGGCGGCCCCCUCGUUUCCUGCUGCUGGCGGAGGCCGAGGGAGAAGGUGGCGGUGGAGGCGGUGGACGGAGGACAAGAAGCGCCCCGCAGCCGGAGCGAGCCUCGUCCGCGGAGGAAGCGCAGCAGCGCCGCCGCCCCCACCACCUCCUCCUCCCGCUUUCCUUCCGUGUGUGUGUUUGUGUGCAUUUGCUCCACCGCCGCCCCCUUCCUCCUCCUCCGCUUCCCUUUGCAGCCCCUUCGCGUCUCUUCCUCCCCGCAGCCCGGGACAAUAGAAGCAAGGGAGAUGUCCUCCUCCGGCGGCGGCGGCGGCGGCGGCCACCAGCACAGCCAGAGCCGCGCCAUUCCCACCCGGACGGUGCUCAUCAACGACUCCUCGCAGCUACCUCAUGACUAUUGCACCACGCCCGGGGGGACGCUGUUCUCCACCACGCCCGGAGGUAACAUCAGAGCAGUAAUAAUAAUCAGCCUCAUCAUCUCGAUGCACACGGGCCUUGCCGAGAGCUGUCUGUUGUGCAUUUGCUCGCGGGCAUUGCGAAAGGGGGCGCGGGCGCCCUGUAGGUCGGGGUGGAGGAAGAAAAGGAGACGUCGCAGGGGCGCCAGCGAGCAUGUCCAGCCAGGCUUUAAAAAGGGGACGAGGUCUCCAGAGGCGAGGCCGUCAAUCAUAAAUGUAGCGGCGGGGUGGGCGUGUAAUUUUCUCUCUCUCUCCCCCCCCACCCUUAAUAAGAUUGAGGAGGAAGUUGGGAAGCUAAGUCGCUGAGUCUCCAGGCCAUAUGCUGGAAGCCCCCUUCGGUGGGCCUUGCUCUGCCCGGGUCUGCAGGGCGCCCGCAAGAAAGACGCGUGUUGGCGCGCGCCCCGACGCAUGGCGGCGAGGUGGUUCUCUUUCCCCCUCGUUGCUCGAAAGGGGAAGCUGCUUUGGUGUACAAAGCAUGGUGGGCAAGGGGGAGUUUGCCCCCAGAGCUAACGCGGAGGCUCUUCCCUCUCUCCCUGUCUCCCCGCCCCUCUUCCCGUCGUUAGUUUGCCUUGCCGCUUUCCUGGGCCGACCCGGGUCUAGCUAGGCCGCGCUCCCGGUGCGCGGGGCUGUUGGCGGCGAGUUAUUUGUAAACAAGGCCCAGGAGCCUCGAGGAAAAAGCCCGUGACGGUUGCACAAUAGCAGGGGAGGAGCGCCGAGGCGGGCGGGGGAUUUCUCCGACAGCUGCAGCCCCUGCAGGGAGACGGAGCGCCGGCUCCGCCGAGGGGUCGGCCAGCCUCCCAAGACAGGGAGAGAUCGAGGGAUCCCGACCAAAAGAAAGGAUAACCCUUUUGCAGAGCUACCGGGGAUACGGAUUGUGCCAGCCACGUUUUGCACAAGCCUCCUCUGUUCAGGCCUGUCCCUGGGAAUUCAGCCUGCUGCUGCUUUCCUGAAUGACUUUGUUUUAAAAUUUAAAAGGUUCGGGCGCCAGAGCCCCUUGCGAUCUUGUAUGUUUUGAGAGGCAUAAAGGGUCUCUGCCACUCCUGCGUGGCCCUAUAGUAAAAUAAACUCCUUUGCUCCACCCUGAAUAAUUUACAAAUGCUGUAUUCUGUGGCGUUUUACAUGCAUUGAAUACUGUACUGGCAGAACGAAGGUAUGAAGGCAAGGCAAGCAAGAUUCCUCAUUUUACUGGUUGAGAGUUGGUUUGAGAUUAUGUACAGAACAGAGCAGGGUUUCUCUCACUCCCCUCCCCCCACCCCUAGCUGGGUAGGCAUUGCACUUUUCCUGGUUCACAGCCCAAAGCUCAUUGCUGAAAAAUGUGGAAGUAGGUCCUGCAUUCUGAGCUGUUUCUUUCUGAAAGACAAGACGAAAACAAUGUCUAGGGCUUGGAACCUGCUGCUUCUCUGUAGCCUAGACAUUAGGACUUGGCCUGAAGCUUAGUUUAGUUUCCAGCCACUUAAAAAGGCAGGCAUUAGCAGCUUUGUCCACCUUUCUUUUCAUUAUAUAUGCUUGAAAUGCUGAAUUGCAAAUUAUGGUGGCAUGUGGCUUUCAUGGCAUUAGAAUCAUUGCAGCUAACAAAGUUGGAUCUGGACCUCAAAAGCAGGUGACACAAUAAAUCUUUCAAGUCCUUAAGCCUUAAAGUUUAAGGUGUCAAAAUGUUCUUCAUAAACUAAAUGGUGACACUGUGCCAAAUCCAUACCAUUGUUCUCUUCCCAAUUUAUCCUUCAUGCCUGCCUUUGGCUGCUAUUCAUGUCAUGCACACAUGCUACUUUGAUUUGUGCAUACAUAGGCAUUAUAGAUUGUGGGCCCCCUAAACCCUAGAAAUUGAUAAAUGGUAGGGUUUUGAUGAUUCGGGAUGUGAAGGGAGAAACGGAAACUGCAGAGGAAUUCCUGGGCUAGUCUAUGCAAAACUACCUGGCCAAUCUAGGGCCAUUAAGAAACCAUUGAGGGCCAUUAGCAAUGCAAGACAACUGUCCUUCUCCCCCUUGCCCUGAGGUGUGAACAGAGACAGGGGUUUGGAAGGUUGCCAGGGUAACUGUGUUUGGGAUGUCAGGAAAAGGGAGUCUUGGUAGCAAGGGGUUCUGGGAAGGAGAAGGAGGAAGAGAGAUUGGAAUCCAUCUUUGGGCAGACUGGCUGCAAAGCUGACAGGGAGAGAUGUCUUGCACUCCAGGACUGCACUUCUCUGGUGUACAAGCCUCUCUUGAAAUGACUGUGCUGUGAGAUCUGUACUCCAUCCAUGCAGAAUGAAGGUGAAUAAACCAUCUUAAAGCUACAACAGCCCAUUGUGUCUCAAUUCUCCAAAGGAACACAGACCCUGGGAGAGUGCCUGGAACCCCAUGGGCUUUUGCCACCAAUUUAUAACACAGAAUUGCAGCCUUUCCUGCUACCCACUUUGGUGAGUCCUGGCAGGCUUGUAGGUUUAAAAAAGGUGCUUAAUUUUACCUUUGCAUGCAGCUAAAAUUGUGCCUCUUUGGAACGGGGCUACCUGUGAGCCUUCAGAAGGCCUUCUUAAGGAGUUGCAGCUUUCCUUUUUUCAAUAGUAGAUUUCCCUCAUGAACUCAUUGCUUCCUGUGUAUUCUGCUUUUCCUCUUUUAAUCUAAUCAUUCCAAAUUACUCGUGAUUUUGGGCAGUACUCAUCUGUUUCUUUGACACAUGGUAAUUUGCUGUCCUGUGUGUCUGCGAAGGCUGCCUGCUGAAUGAAGGUAAUAAGAAGGGGUGUUAUGCAUAUAAUAGUGGUGGGAACCUCAUCUCAACCCCCUUCACAGCAGCCUUCUAGAAGCCACAUUCCUCUGGUUGGCAAGGCCAGAGGUGAAAGUGGGUGGAGCAAAUAAUGUAAAUUUUACCACUGUACUAGUUUCAACAUGCACUCAUCCUCCCCCCACAAAUCGUUGCUCCAGGCAAGCAAGAAGCAUUAUCAGAACUCAAGGGCACAUUCCUGUAAGGCAAAAAUGAGGGUGCCAAGUGGGGGUUGCUAUGAGGAGAGCCCCAGAAGCUAAGUAGAGAGGCGUAAGGGGCUGCAUCUGCGCUCCUGACCUGAGGUUUCCCAUCCCUGGCAUAGAAAGUUUCAGGUUGCAAUUAUUUUAUUCUGUUUUGAUCCAAAUUUGCUGUGAUUGGGGAUUUAACUAAUUAAAAUCAGUGACACGUUCAUACACUUACCUAAAAUAGCCUUUAAUAUUCUACACUUGGAACAAAAUGUCCUCCAGUGACUAAUUCAGUUAUAAUGGUAAGAUUUUAUUUGUGCACACGUAGAGCUCAUGCAGAUCAAGGGAGACCAUAUAUAACAUUACUGUUCUCUAAAACAGGUUUGGGGAACUUCUGUCCCUCUAGAUGUUGCUGAACCACAGCUCCCAUCAUACCUGGCCAUUGGCCAUGCUGGCUGGGGUUGAUGGGAGUUGUAGUUCAAAACAUCUGGAGCGUACUGAGUUGGGUAAGGUUGCACUAGAUUCUAGUGUUGGUUUGGAGGAUUUCUGUAAGAAAAAUUGGGCUAGGUUUUCCUUGCUCUGUUCCAGCAAGAUAACUUGCAUUCUUGAGUAAAAGUGCAUACUUGGGAUCACUUGUCUAUAAAGACAUAAGAAAUCCAUACAAUUACAAUAUCUUGCUUUAUCAUUUUAAAAUUAUUUACUGGACAAAGGGGUUCUUUCCUUCCUUUUUUUUUUAAGGUAAGCCAUGCUAAACUGGUUUACCUACCCCCAUCUUACUGAAUCUGCCUAGGUCAUUCCUACACUGAAAUAAUCAUGAAAAAGGACAGAGCAUGCAGAUCAAGCUGGCCUGACUGCAAUUUGGUUUUGAAAACAAUGUUAGGUGCAUGAUACUAUGAUUCUACGAUCUCCAAACAUUCAUAUUUUCAUUCUUGGAACCCGGGGGCCUUGUUUUGCUGGGCCACUUCUACUGUUCCAGGAAUUGGAGCAAAAUAGCAAGCAUCAGAAACUGAAUAUUACUCCUGAGUGUAGCUGUAGAUGUGUAAAGGAGAAGGAACUUAGAAGGACAAAGUAUCAGCUUGCUUCUUAGGAGUGCCAGCAGUCAUGAGGAACUGAGAAGGGGCAAAAAACACAGAAAUUUAGCAACAUUUGGAUUGGUUCCCCAACUUAUACAGAGUUUCUUCUGUUUUGUUAGAAGACAAAUUCCAUGCUCAUUCUGAAUUUGUUUUGUUUCGUUUGAAAGCACUGAGUGUGCCUUACUACCUGCCAUGGACACUGGAACGUUGCCCAGGUCAACAACGGGGGUGGGUGGGUGAGGAUUAGAUGGGUUCCAGGAGCAAAGAGACAUGAAUGUUCAAGUAUUAACACUUCUGCUGAAACCUGCCUUGAAAAGCAACCUCUCAGCAGGCCUCUUAGGAGCCUUGUGGGCUGAAAACUUCGAACCCACAGUGUAUGUGUCCCCCCCCCCCCAAUUCAGGCAAGUCGCCUGCUUAUUUUCCAAGAACUGAAGAAUAUUGCCACUAGAUAAUCACAAUUGUAAUAAAAAAAUCAAUAUAAACCAUUAGGGUUUUCCAAUAGCAUUUCUAGGUUUGUGCUUUGGAGAGGCAAUGACUGUUCCUUGUGCCAGUACAAUGGUACCUCGGGUUACAUACGCUUCAGGUUACAGACUCCGCUAACCCAGAAAUAGUGCUUCAGGUUAAGAACUUUGCUUCAGGAUGAGAACAGAAAUCGUGCUCUGGCGGUGCGGCAGCAGCAGGAGGCCCCAUUAGCUAAAGUGGUGCUUCAGGUUAAGAACAGUUUCAGGUUAAGUACGGACCUCCGGAACGAAUUAAGUACUUAACCCGAGGUACCACUGUAGUUUCUUCUCUCCCCUAUUCCCCAUAUGUAGCUGCUAAGAAGACCUUUAAUUUAUAAUCACUACAGGCAAUCCUUGCUCAGUGACAAUAGGCCUCACCACCCUGUUUUCAAGUUCAAGGGAGAAAGUAGUCUUCAGGCUCAUUAUUCCCUCUGGAUUAAAGCUGCAAAACACAAGAUACGUGUGCAAAUACUUCUUAGUUUCAGACUGCUGCGUUGCUUGAGGCGGUCAAGAUCAAGGGCCCAGAGUUCCGAGACUGUUCAGGCGCAGAGAUAAACUGAUAAGCUAGCACAUAAAAAUAAAACUUUGUGUGCAUGUUUGGGGUGAGAGGUAGGCUACAGUAUCAGAAUGGUUCUUGUUGACCUCAGUUCCCCUGAGCUUGUAGUCUUGUGUUUGUUCUGUUGUUCAAACACGAAGAGGGGCUUUUCUUUUGGUACAGGAUACAAAGUAUUUUUGUUGCCAAGUAGCCCGCCCAUGGGUGAGACAUUUGAAAUGAACAAUGAAAACGGGGGCAAAAAUUGCAUUAUGCUGCUUUUUUGGGAUCUCGGUUUGGGAUGGUGGAAUAAGUGAGCUGGCAGAUUUGGCUAGGAAAACCCUUACAUUGCAAUGCAGCAUUGCAAACGAGUUGUUCAUCUCUCUCCCAGUAUUAUUGCUUAUCUUGGACCAUAGUGGGGUAGGGUAUUUUACCCCUGUACUUUAUUUUACUUAUUCAAAGCUACAGUUUACACAUACUGUGUAUAUCAAGUUUGAGUUUCAUAAAGCCACCACACUGGGGGAGGGGGAGUUUAUGAACUUCAGUUCAUUUAUGGGUAGAAUUUAACAGCUUCUUUUUCAAUAGUAUUUCCAAGUGAUCAGCUAUUCUAAUACGUGCUUCUAACCCUCAGCUUGCACCUCUUAGUUUCAAAUGCCUUUGCUUACUUUCCUUUUUGUAUCUGUAUUUUAAUGAGGUUAAUGACCAGAAAAAUGACUAUGAAACUCGCCCUCGUUCCUCAGUGUCAACCGCAGCAUCUGUUGGUUGUAUUGCUGUCAGCAGAGAACAUAACAGAACCCACAGAGCUGCCUGUUAGCCGGCCCUUCUCCUUCCAGUAGACUUUUUGGACAAGUUAUGCGUCUAAAUUCCAUCACUUGCAGUGCCUUCACAUAUAAUGAUGUUAUGCAGAUGUUAAGCUACUACUUGAACUCAGUGGUACCUUUUCCAAGAUAAAUGUGAUCGAAGUGUUGGAUUGCAAGACUGAGUUGGCUCCGCUAGCAACUUUGGAAGGGAAUACCUUUCGGCAACAGAAUAGACAUCUUCAUGGAAGUUACUGGAAGGCUGAUACCGUAUUUUUCGUCCCAUAGGACGCUCUGUCCCAUAGGACGCACCUAAUUUUUUUUGGGGGGGAAUAAAGGAAAUUUUCCCCCCUUUAUUUCCCCCCCAAAACCAGGUCGGGGAACAGCGGGAUGGCGGCGCUGCGCCUCCCCGCUGUCCCCCGAGCUUGUGGGGCUGGCCGAUGUCUGCCCGAAGCGCGGGGCGCUCUGCUUCAGGGCAUCUCGCGCGCCGGGUGGCAGGCUGCUAUCCGCAGCAUGGGGAGCCCUGCAGGAACUCCCGCAGGCUCCCCAGGCUUGCUGAUAGCUUCCUGAAGCCUGGAGAGCGAGAGGGGUCGGUGCGCACCGACCCCUCUCGCUCUCCAAGCUUCAGCGAAAGCCUGUAUUCGCCCCAUAGGAUGCACACAGAUUUCCCCUUCAUUUUUGGAGGGGAAAAAGUGCGUCCUAUAGGGCGAAAAAUACGGUAUAUCUCCUGGCCAUGCUUUUGCCUGCCCCUAUUCCUUCUUCAAGGGACGCGGGUGGCGCUGUGGGUUAAACCACAGAGCCUAGGACUUGCCAAUCAGAAGGUUGGCUGUUCGAAUCCCCUCAAUGGGGUGAGCUCCCGUUGCUUGGUCCCUGCUCCUGCAAACCUAACAGUUCGAAAGCACGUCAAAGUGCAAGUAGAUAAAUAGGUACCGCUCCGGCGGGAAGGUAAACGGCGUUUCCGUGCACUGCUCUGGUUCGUCAGAAGUGGCUUAGUCAUGCUGGCCACACGACCUGGCUCCCUCAGCCAAUAAAGUGAGAUGAGCGCCGCAACCCCAGAGUUGGCCACGACUGGACCUAGUGGUCAGGGGUCCCUUUACCUUUACCUUUACUCCUUCUUCAGCAGAGAAACCUCUGAGCUAAAGUCCAGCAAUUGGAACAAAAUGUAUAAAUUGCAUAAUUUUUCUUGUAAUUCUUUAUACUUGCUGUGCUUUUCCUCUUGCAGAAAUGGGGAGUUUUGGGUUCUGAUUUAUUGUAAGCUGGUUUUAGAAUAAAUACUGCAGAGUAAAAAAAAUGGGAGAGCUGCAGAAAAAAGGCUACCAAGCAGAGAGAAUAGGUUCCUGGGAAUGUGCUAAAUGUCGACAGCAACAGGUGGUUGCUGGAAACCUCAAGUGCCUUCUUUCUAGGUUCUUAAACUGAAACGACUUACACGUUUCCAGUAUUUUCUCCUCUUAAAAAGCUGCUAGGAUUUUGUGCGUGUUAUUUUAAUCUUGUAAAUAGGUCUGCAAAAGUUGCUAUCCCUCAAGCCUUGAUCCUGUGUACCUUUUAAAUACCCACCUUUAGUCAGUUUUGUAGCAUUUGUGGCCUGAAGGAAAGGUUGGCAGUGCGAGGAACAAUUCUUGUCUGGUUUACAAAAGUUUCCUUUGCUGUUCCUUUAGAAAUAUUGCUUACCUUUCACAGCUGAUUUGGCCGAGUGGUUGUUUACAAGCCUGGGUUGUUCAGUUUCUGUAUUACCUCUGCAUCCUAGGAAUGUGCACAUACGGUGCUGUUAUAAGGGUUUCACUCUCCUAAUCUUAGUGGAGCAUGAUUCAUCGUAAGGGAGGAAGCAGUUGCUUACCUGUGUUGGGCCCAAGCCACAGUAAAAGACACAGUUUGGUUGUUUGUAGUACUUCUGCAGCCACUCAAGCCAUUUUGUUUACUGACUGCAAAAGGAAACUGGAGGCUCAGGUGUAUAGCUCCACAAAAACAAAGCAACCCUAAUGGGAGGGAUGGUCAGAUCACAGGAAUUUAGCCAAAUGAUGAAGAUGGGAUUUAAGAAGUGUGACCAGAUAUGGAGAGUGGGUGGGUUUGGAAUAGAAGUGUGUUCCAUGUGCUUCCCUGCCUCCCUGUUAAGUUUUUAAAAGUCUCCUCCUGUUUCUGAAGUGUUCAGCCUUGCCUCACUUUUCUCCCUUUUGCAUACAGAGAUGGAAUUAAUUCCAGACUGGUGCCUCUAGGGUUUCAUUCAAACCAAACAACCAGAUAACGGCUGUUUAAACUAUACAGUACUGCUGUUCAGAUUACAGCUCUGCUCUUACUGUGAAAUGAAGCAGAGUUCAUAAUAUUGCCUUCCGAAAGGAGCUCUGUGGUGACAGAGAAGAACAGCUUGUUUGGUUGGCCACGAGCACUUCCUGUAAAUAUACAGUCACCAGAGUUUUGUUGUUAUGUGACAUGUUGUCAGAGACAGUGUUAGAAACUGGGAUAGAAAAGCUAGGAGCCAAAUGGCUUCCGGGACCUGGGUUGUGGGCGCCAAAACAGAAUGUUUGGUCGCCACUUUGGGGGAGGGGGGAAUGUCGGCAGCACUAUUUAUUCUUUUGAUAAGCAUGAAUUAAUACGUAAUUCACAUGACACAUUGUUACUAUCACAUUUUUAGCAGACAUGGUUAAUGCAUGUUUAAUUUGGUGUUUACAAUGAAAAUAUUGGUACCAUACUUUGGUUUUCAAAACACUCGACUCUUUAUUGUUAAACUCCUUAGUAUAUUAUCUGUCUUUGAGUGUCAACCAGAUGCAAAAAGUAGCAGCUAGACUUUUUGAAUUGCUCACAAAUGGAGCAAAAUGCGUCUGGCACCCUGCUAAUUUCAAACCCUGGUCAGAGACACAAACUUCUCUGUUUUCUCCUUGUAUUCAUAGAAUUGUAGAGUUGGAAGGGACCCUGAGGAUCAUCUAGUCCAACUGCCUGCAAUGCAGUAAUAUUUUGCUGUCCUAUUUGGGGAUCGAACCUGCGACCUUUGUGCUAUCAGCACCAUGUUCUAACUAACUAAGCUAGCCAGGCAUCUCAGAUUAGAACAUGAACCCUGCUGGAUUUGAGACCAAAGUCUAUUGAGUCCAGCGUGCUGUUUCUCUCAGUGGUCGAUGUCUGAAACUAUCAAGAAACCACAGGCAGGGCAUUAAAGCAAGUCUCUUCCCCUGUUGUGUUGCCCUCGGCACCUGGUAUUCCAAGGCACAUUGCCUCCCAGCAUCCCUUCCUGUUGAACUGAUGUGAAAGCCACAUGCACCUUUAACAGGACUGCAGGGAAGCAGCAUGAGGAGUCCCCAUCUAUAUCUACAUGCUACACGUGUAGUCAGAUGUGUCAUCUUUAGAAUUUAUAGAUGAGAAAACUGGUUUUCAUCUCUCCUAGGAAAUUGACAUCCAUGCAUCAUAGUCAGUGAAUGCUGUUUCUUUAAAAAGAAAAUAAAGAGCCAUACCCACUCAGUGUGAAAAUGGCAGUCUAUUGAUUCUACUUGCAGUACAGUUCUGAGUCUGUCCACUCAGAUUUAAGCCCUAGUUCGUUCAAUGGUAGGGUUCCCAUAUUUCAAAAAGUAAAAACUAGGCUAGCCCAAAAGUUGUUGAGCUUUCUUUAGAUGAACCCCCGAGUUGUUUUACAAGAAACAUGAUUUUUCGAUUGAAAUGCCUAAGAUCUAGAACAAAGCACUACCUUUCGGAAAUCCCCUCACCCCGACGUCAAUUCUGGAUGUAUGGCAGCCCUAUUCAUUGGGAUUUAUUCCCUUGUAAAUAAGUUUAUUAUUUGCAGCAAAUUAAAUAGCAAACUGAUGAGCUUACCAUAGAUUCCGGCAUAUAAGAUGACUUUUUAACCCUGGAAAAUCCUCUAAAAAGUCGGGGGUCGUCUUAUACGCUGGGUAUGGGUUCGCUGGGCAGCGACAGUGGGCGGCAGGCUCCGCACCAGGAGGAAGCUGCCCAGCGAUGCCAAGCCGGCUUAGCAUCGCUGGGCAGCUUCACCGGGCAGCUUCCUCCCGGCGCGGAGCCCGCUGCCCAGCGAAGCUGUCACGUAUAAGACUGGGCGUAUAAGUCGACCCCCCCAAAUUGGCAGCUGCCAAUUUGGGGGGUCGUCUUAUACACCCAGUUGCCUAAUAUGCAGGAAUCUAUGGUAUAUAAAGACUUGGGCCUUACUUGAGUUAUUAUAUGAGUAUUGUUUGUAACCUCAUCUAUUGGAAAAUGAUUCUGAUAGGCCAAUUAUCUUCUUCCUCCGCCCCCAGGUACCCGAAUCAUCUAUGACCGCAAGUUUCUGUUAGAUCGCCGGAAUUCUCCCAUGGCUCAGACUCCUCCUUGCCACCUUCCAAAUAUCCCAGGAGUUACCAGCCCUGGUACAAUGACUGAGGAUUCCAAAGUGGAAGUAAACAAUCUGAACAAUCAUGACGGGAAGCCUAUAAUUGGUAAGAGCAUGGCACAUUUUGUUGUAUAACUUUUCCAUGAUCGACUUUUAGGGAUUCGUAAAGUUUUGCUUCAAAAUCAUGUCAUUUCUUUCCUCAGUGCAGCAUAUAUCUUUUUAUUUCAAAGUUGUGGGAUAUAGUGCUUUUCUUUGUCUUUAAGGAGCCUCUGCGUAUGGAGUGCAGACUCAGUGAACUGUUGCACUGAUCUUGUGUGGGUUGCUCGUAUGAUGAAUUUUCGCCCGUAGGCUAUUAAAAACUCUGUAAAAGCAUAAGUUGAUUGACAAACAGGAAACUGCCUCCUGUUCUGUCAUAACUAUUUAACACUGGUGAAUUACCUGAAGGUUGUCUUGGAUUUUGGAUGGUGUGGUGAAAAUUCAAGUCCAGACGUAUGAGGUUGUAGGUCACACAAUCCCCACUUCCUGACACGAUCUCCACCUCCCCACACCCGUGUGGUUUUGAUAACAUAACUUGCUCACAAAGACUAUCUGGAGCAUGAAAUAUCCAUUAGGAGAGCUAGAUUUCAAGCCAUCCAUUAGGACUAUUGGCUGCAAGCAUAUAUUUAGGCUAAAUGGAAGUUGGACAGCAAACCUAUAGUGGGGAAAAUGAGGCCAGUGGCAUCUGGCAUGCAUUUUAAUAUAUGAUUUGACUGGUCCCAAACAUGAGUUAUUGGUAUUUGUAUUUAAAUAGGGGAAUAAAUGUGUAGAUUUUGUGAUGUACAGGCAUAUGAUCAUCAGGAAGAUAGUGAUCAAGUUCACUCCAGAAACAUAAAUAUAGAGCAUGCUAUACGUAUGUACUGUAUACCGUAUUUUCCCGUGUAGAAGACGCCCCCUAUUUUGGGGGACCCAGUUUCAGAAAAUGGGAGGAGAUAGCACAGAGUUGUUGAGCUUUUUUUCCACCUCUUGUCUGUCCCCUCACCGGCAGAAGCUACCAAUUGUCUGCACACUUGCCGCAACAUCAGUCAAUCAACAGCACCCAUUGACAUAGCAACCAGAAACACGCACAAUAGUUGCUGACAGCCACGGCAGCAACCAAUCUAACGCCCACCCUAUACACUACCCAUGUAUAAGACGACCCCCAUUUUAAGCAUGAUUUUUACAUGAAAAAAAAGUUGUCUUAUACACGGGAAAGUACAGUAUAUACUUAAAGUUAUGCCCCCUGCUUCAGUGAUGAUAACAAUAAUUAACACAAAAUCAGAUCAAACAAACUGGUAAACAGCAGACAUCUAAAAAUAGGACAGCAGAAACAAAGAAUAAAAAGCAACUUGGCUGACUAGUCUUGGGAAAUAGAAAGGUCUUCACUUGGCGCCUGGAAAAGGGAUUGUCAAACUGCAGCCCUCCUGAAGUUGUUGGACUACAACUUUCAUCAUCCAUGAUCAUUGGCUAUGGUGGCUAGGGUUCAUGGGAUGGAAAUUGGAGCCAAGAUAAAAAAAAAAAAAAGGAGGGUUUGACCACCAAUCACAAAAGAGAAACACACAUUAUUUCAAGCAAGGGGGGGGGGGAUAAAAGAAUGUAAGUGAUACGUUUUUUUCUUUUUUGCAAUGAAUGAACUAAAAUAAAUAGUAUUCCCCAUCCCUGGGAGAAAAGCCUUGUAAAGUUAAGGCAACUUUAGGCCUACUAUACGUUGAUGGACUACAACUCCCAUCAGCCUCUGCCAGCAUGGCCAGUGGUUAGUUGUGGUCCAGAAACGUCCACAGGGCCACAUUUUCCUCAUCGCUUCAUUAGAAUGAAGUAGCACAAUCUUGCGGAUGUAGAAUAAAUUGUACCACUUCAGUAUACAAAAAGUAUAUACAGACUUGUAUGGAUUGUUGGUUUUUUUGUAUUUUUUAAAUUCUCUCUCUCUCUCUCUCUGUGUGUGUAAAUAAAAGUGACAAAAUGUGGAGUUUUGCUCCACAUUAUGAAUUUUAUACAUGCAUAUAUAAACACCAGCAGCUGCAUACUCUAUCUGGAAACGAUUCCAGACCAAUCCUUUCUGCUGUGCUGUUUUCCUACUUCGAAGGAAUUUUGUUUUAUUUUUUAAGGCACUCGUGCACGCGUGUGCACCCCACAACGACAAUCUAAACAGCACACACCCCUGUCUCCUAUAUGUAUUAAUGAGGCCUGCCUCAAAUGUCAUGGAGGGCUGACAGAGAAACUCACCGUGCCUCUUAGGAGGACACUUAAAACUGUACAUGUGUGAUGCUUCCUCAACCCACCCCAUACUGACUUGCGUCCUCUUGUCCUUCAACCAGGUGAUGAUGCUCAGUUUGAGAUGGACAUCUGAUCUUCCAUGAGGGGCAACCAUGGGGAGACAGCAACUCCUGAUCACCUGUGCACAUCUGAUUUGGCCAACAGGAUCAACAACUGAAGGAUGGAAGAAGAAGAAGCUGUUUUCCACUGGAAUCUUCACUUCAGCUUUUGAAGUGCCAAAGGAUAAGAGGACUAUUUACCCCACUCCCCUCGAUUCCCAUUAGCCAUGCAAUGCUUCAGCCCUCCUCCUUUGCUCCCCCCCCCCACUUUUUGUUUUUAACCCUUUCAUAUCCCUGGUUUGUGACUGAAUGGAAACCCAUGAUAAAUUUAUAGAGCUAAGGAGUGUCCCUUGGCUUCUCGCACUUUAGAGACAACUUCUCAAAUCAUGCACACGCGAGAACUUGGCUUCCAUCAACAUUUGGAUAAUUAUUGCAAACCACAACAACACCACAAAAAGGGGCCACGGAAGGGGUGGAUAUAUGCUUGAAGGGACACAACACUGCCGUUGUUCUCCUCUCCCUUAACUGCUGUCAAUUUAAUCCCAUUUGGUAACCUUUUUCUGUGUAUCUUUCAUUUGUGUGUGCAGUGCACUCACUCGGAUUCUUCCGUAUCUCCUUACUAAUUAGUAUAUCUCGGCACUUGGUGGGGUUCUGUCUUGUACAAGGGCUUUGCUGUGACGCCUUUCCAAAUUGUAAGUUCCCAUCCUGUUCCGAAGAACAGGUGGGAAACCUAGAAAGAGCCACCACUCAAAUCAUGCAUAUUUCCUCCUAGUGCCUGCUAGAAACUCCCCAUUUCAAAAAAACAACCCUUCUCUCUUCAGCUUCCUAAUUUGAACCCAUCAGUGUUAAAGGAGAACCACAUUUCGUUCUGACUUAAUACCAUACUUGAUGGUCCUCUGGACUGUUUGUCUUCAAGUCUACUCUUCCCAUUUUUGCUGCUGUUAACAUCUACCGGAUUCUUUCCAAGUCUACUAUUGUGCCAAAAGGAUUCAUUGAAACACCCUGGCUGUGCUUAACUAGAAUAGGCUUCGCAAGAGUCUAGUGCUCUUGCAUAAGCUUGGGACACCCUAAGAUUUACUUGCUGGGCUGUUCGAAUAUGCCAUUCUGAUUUCGUGAUGUGUGACUUGGGGUGGCGGGCAAUCAAAAAGUUAGUAAGCCUAUUGGAGCAAAACCACCCAGCUGUGAUCCUGUUCACCCAUCUUCUUGCACAUUUCCUGAAUUCACACAUUACUAAAUCAGCUGGGUGAGCAAGGUACCCUUUAGUUGCUGAUGGCCUCACUUCAUUCGAUUCUUAUGGGUGAACUGCUUGCCUGGGCUUGAAAGGCAGGGAGCCCACUCAUCGUGGGAAUUAUAAGGCAGUCAGGCUGCUUUGUGAGAGUGGAUGAGUUCAUGCCUUGGUUGCGGUGCUAGCUGAUAACUUGAACUGUGUAAAAAUGCAUCUCCCUAAGGCUGCAAUAUUUUGUCACGUUUAAUUGGCUAGAUCAAUCCAUUAAAACCAAUUUUCUCGAGUAAAACAAACCUUUUUUAAUCUGACUAUUUUUAGUGUGAGUACCUAGCAGAACCUACAUGCAGGCAGCCGAAGAGACAUAACAGGAAGGAAUGUUUUGAAUAUGAUGCUGCUUAUGAAACAUGGCGGGCAUCAUAUGACAGGUAUGUUAGGUUUCCCUCCCUGCAAACAAUUUUUAUUAAUAUGCGCAGCUGGUAGGUUGAUUUACAUCACAUUCCUGUGCAUGUUUACUUGGAAGUAAGUCGGGCUUGGAACACACAAAAAGCUUGGAACACACAGAAGACAGCUGCUAAAGUUCCUUUGCUUAGAUGUCAGCCUUCUCCCAGGUACUAAGCGGUUGAUGGUCGCAGCGGUUCAUAUGGUAUCAUCAGUGCUUUUUUUCUGGGGGGACGACGACGCAGGUGAACGCAUACCCCUAAACAUUUUGUGAAUCUAAGUUUGGCCUCAUUGAGGGGCAGUAUUUCAAUAUGAGUAGGAAAAUGAGAGUACCCCUAAACAUUUUUUUGAAGAAAAAAAGCACUGGGUAUCAGUAUGCCGUGGCGGCCUCUUUUUCCUGGGGCAGGAUCUCAUCCUGCUCUGGUAGUGUUUGCAAAUGGCAUGAAUGGAUCGUAUGGUCCACAGUGGAUGUCACAGUGUGAUGUGGCAAUUUCCCCCAAAGGAUCUCAUUCGGUUGUAGCUUGGUAGUUGUAGCACGGUACCCCAGCCUCAGGGAAAGUGGCAGCCACGCUAUACUUGUAACUUCUGAAUCGUUCCUGGGAGUUAAGCUGAACACAAAUGAAUAGGCAUUGGUAACAGAGAAAACUUCCAACACAUGAACUCAUCCCUUGGAAUAGAAUUCUGCCCCAACAUCUCUUCUAUAAAUUGGCAAAGAUCUUUUCUUGUGAUUUAAAAGGGAGGGUUUAGUAACUUUUUUUUUUCUUUUUUGCCUGCACUAAAAUGUGAAUAUAGGAGCAAAAUUGCUUUGUAACUGUUGAUCUCUCAGGAAUAGGCUCUGCUUGCAAUGUUUCUGGAGAAGGCAACACUGCCCCUUAAAAGUGGUGGUGGUGCAAAAGUGAACUAAGCUGUGAUAAGCAGAGGGGAUGCUCUUUAGCUGCGUUGCAAAACUUCCUGAUUUUGCUUUGUUUUUGGUCAGGGUAGUUCUGAAGUGCACUAUUAAGUCCAGCCCAGAGUCAGGGCACAGUUGAAUUUCCAUCCUUCCUCUUGCAUAAUUGCCAGCAGUUGUUUCUGGAACCUCGUCGGCUUUUCUGUUGAUGAGGCAGAACAGAGACCGUUUGCUCUGCAGUGCUGACAGUAGUGGAACUCGGAUUUGUCUAUGACCUAAGCCAAUUUAGGCUGCAGUCGUAACCCCAUUUACCUGGGAGUAAGCCCUGUUGAAUUCAGUAGGACUUCAGGGUUGACAUUGUUAGGAAUGCGCUCUUAAUUGGUGAGAUGGAGGAAGAGGAGGAGAAGGGCUGUACUUCAGGUGUUGCUGACAGCCACUUUUCUAAUAGUAUUUUUCAGAAACUCUCUUGGACUAAAGGAAUGGCUUCAAACUUGCACACUCUCCCAAAUCUCCAAGGGGUUACAUACUACGAAAGACAUUUGGUAGUACCAUUCCUUCCACCUCAUAACAGAAAGUAUAUCUCUUAGCAUGAAAUGCAUCAGGGCUUUCUAUGUGUCACAAUCAGUUUAGUUGUUGCUGCUGCUGCUGCUGCUGCUGUUGCCUCUGUGAUCUUUUGGACAAAGAUAAGGAAAGAAAGGCUAUUUGAAUAGUUCAGUGUAGGUGAUCACAUUUCUCUUUCUUCUUCUGCAGCAAGUUUCCAGCAUGUCUCCAGGCAAGUCUCUUUGUGCCUCAGUUCCCCACUUGUUAAGAUGGGGACAAUAGACUCCUAGCUCACAGUGUUGUUGUGAGGAUAAAUUGGUAGAUAUUUGUAAGGCACUCCCCCCAAAAAACCAACCCCGGGCAUGAGUGCCACAAAGAAACCAAUAAAUCUUACAUUUAUUUUAAUACCCAGCCAGGUGAUUCAGUCGUGGCCAUGAAAGAAGAAAGGUUGAUAGCAUCUCCUGGAUUAUUUCUCUAUGGCGAACAACUUAGUUUUUAAGAGAGCAUCAUUUUGAUGGAACAAUGGUUGAAGGGCCAGCAACAGUUGCUCUGAGAGUUGAAUGGGCUAAGGGCUCCUUGGUGCCUUUCCUCUGCAGAGGCUAUGCCGGAGGUUUAUCCCCCUUGUGCAUUUCAGUUGCCCAGUCCCUUUUUGCCUGCGUCUUGGCCUGCCCAGGGGAGUGAGUAGCCAGCCAAGCUGCCCAAGGAGAGAACUCUUUCUGGGGAGAUGGCAGAAAGCCCUUUGCCUGUGACUGCUCCAUGCUGAAGAAAAGGGCUGAGAUAACACAGCAUAAGGAUUGGGGGAGCUAUAUGAAAGGGCCCUGGGCUGCCAGCUGCGCCCAUCACUUCUCUAGCAUACAGCAGUGCUGAGCCGAGCCAACUGAACACUAAGCCUACACAGCAGCCUUUAUAGUUCUGGCUGUCUAGUUUGAAGGAGGAGGGAGAGUCCUUUAAACGCCUGUGCAAUUGCAGUUCUCUGUACAGUCUUCUUGCUGCAUCCUGUGCUUCCAAGUGGUGCUCCGGUUUAUGCAAGAGAUCAAACCGAUUCCCCAUCAGGUUAUAAGUUGUGUUGACUGAACAAUCACAAAUACAUAUUCAGUGGCUUGCCAUUUUAAGACGACAGAACACACAGGCACUCCGAACAUGCCCUUUCCCAUUACUAUUAAUCCUGAUUCCAAGAUACUAAGAUGGAAAGUUGCACUUUUUUAAAAACAACAACAACAGUGCAGUUUUCUGCAACUGCACUGAGGAAUGGUGUUUAACCCUCGGCAGUCACUUAAAAUUAUGUUUGCUGCUGGCUUUUAUGCUGUAAUGAUGUUACUUGAAAGAUUUCUACUUGAUGGCUGAGUGAGUAAAAAGUUAACAAUAAAAAACCCCGACAGCAAGUUAGCAUUUUUACCCCCACAAACUCAAAACUGCAAUUUCUUAUAUUGUGUCUUCCUCACAAUGUCACCACCAAAGCUAUAUGGUGGGUGUUUAGAUUUCAUUUUAUCUUGCUUUUUAAAAACAUCUUUGGCUGGCUGAGACUCCCAAGUGCUGCUGUGACAACUCUGAUCUAUACCAGUCAUUUUAGAUUACCAGGGCUGCAAUAUUUAGUCUAUCAAUCUUUAGAUUAACAGGGCUGCAAUAUUUAGUCUAUCAAACAUUUUGGUCAGCAGAAAAAAGGAACAGUAGAUUGAAAAAAUAAACUUUAAUACAAGUACUUCUACAAAUUGCAGUGAAAACACCCAUUUUAGAGCCGCCCCUCCAUUUGUGAGAGAAAAUGGGUAAUAUAUCUUUUAAGGCAAUGUUACCCUUUAUUUGGUAUGGUUUUUUUUUUUAAGCUAUUGUAUAUGCAAAUACAUGCAGUUUUAAUUAGUUACCUGACUAAAACUUAACCAUCAGCUAAGAUUUAUUUAAUCACUUGACAGCCUUAUUGAUCAGUCUGUAUUAGCUUGUCUUUAUUCACACCAGUAAGUGAUGAGUCAGGGAUGGCCAAUGUCUGUAUUCUGUGGCUGUUCUGGAGGCCAGAAAUGUGCUUUGCCUCCCAAACUGGAUGGCCAGGCAAUUUUGCAGUAAAGGGACAUCACAGUUGUGUCUGAGCCCAGACAUUGUGUGCAAAAAGCCAAAGAGAGUUGUAGCAUGAACCGUAUCUCUUGCUUACCCCACUUGCAAACAUUCCCCCCCCCCUCCAUUAGUGCUGAAAUUGUAGGAUACUUUUUACUAUGCCUUUGAUUAAAGUACAUUAGGGCCACUAGCUAAUACAGUAUUGGAAUAUUGGGAAUUAUGAGGCUACCCUGGAAGAAGGAAUAUAGCUGCCCUUAUCGCCUAGUGUAGUAAGGAAGCAAAUUGUGGCUUCAAACAUUGCGAUGUUAUGAAGAGACAUCUGAUGUGGGGCAGGGGGAACCACCACUGAAAAAGAAACCCAAUGACAUGGCACAGUGGUAUAUGAUUUUGGGGCAUGUUGCCAGAAAUACCUAGAUAACAUGCGUUUUGGGUGUGCCUUCAUUCUGAGAUAACCGAGAACAUGUACAAAACGCCAUGCAAAAAAAGAAAUGGUAAAUGUAGUUCAUACAUUGGCUGAAACCUGUGGUUGGAGUAGGCAGUUUUCUGCUUCAACUUGGCUUCUAAACUUCCAGCUUUCUGACAUAACUGCCGCCGAAAGGAAAACGUGCCAGGAGGCCUGAGCCUCUACUAUGCCUUAUGUUUCCAACGCCCUUCCUUACCUAUACAAGAGUAUUCAAGCUCCAACACCUGGCUGUCCUUGUUUCUACAUUAAAUCUUGCAUCGUGAGUUUCUUGUUGCAAUAACAAGUCAGAUCCCAGGUUUUCAAAGAGCACUUUUGUUGGCCCUUAGCUAAAAUUGGACAUUUGGGCUUGCGAUACCUGUAAGAACCCUUACAGCCCUCAAGAAUUGUCACUUUAGUAAGCCUUUCGUUCCUACACCUUUGUAUUUGGGAACCACGGCUGGCUCUCGCAACCAAGGGUUUGGUGCAGAUGAGUCGAGUGGAAUAGAAAGAUUGGGAACCGAGUCAGUAUUUCAUUUUAAAGGGGGAUGAUUGUGACGGUCUGGAAUCAGGAGUCUUAUCAGGAAUAUGUAGUUACACUUUUGCUUAAUUUCCCCCAUUAUAAGUAUCCUGAUAGGUAGCUCACCGACUCAUACAUAUCACCAGUUUUUGUGACAUAGACUAGAAUUGAAGAUACUCAAGUACUUAACUUCUACUGUGACUUACUUCUGUUGUAUUAGUAACACCUUUAGCGUACUGAACUAACAGCAACAUAAUGGAUGCUUAAAUGUGGCCUUGGAAUCUGUUCUGUGUUAUGCUGGAGUACCACGUUUAUUGACUUUGAACAGAAACCACAUUUGGAAAAGUUGGCCAAAUCGGUGGUGGAGUUCUUCGUACUGUCACCAAAGAUCACUAGCACAGCGUUGUAUCAAGUUGUACAAGUAUUUCCACCAAUGAAAAAUGUUUCCAGACCCCAAUUAAAAAUCACAGUCACUAUUACUUUAAGAGUCACAUUCUAUGGUAUUUGGUUGUGUACAUAGGAUGUAAGUUGCCGGUGGGAUUUACCAUUGUAAAUCAACUAAGGCACUGCUAGUUUCCUUAAGAGACCCAUGGAAGGUUUGAGAUUUCACAUCAGUAGGCCAUUUCUUGUCCUAGAUCCCAACAAGCAACCAGCACCAAUUUCACACCGGGGAGUGACAUUCUAAUGUCAGCCUUGGGUUCCUGCUGCCAUUGUAGCUCUGAUACUUCUCUUUGCAAUUUCUGGUGCCUCUCAACCAUUGAUGAUACUGUCCUUGAAAUUUCAAUAGAUUGUUUUAUUUCCACUAGUAUAGUUAGCCAUUGAUUAUAUUCAGUAUUUCACUUUGGGUCUCAGGACUGUGCUAAAACAUUCUGGAGUAGUUUUCUAGUUGGGAUAUUUUGGCGUCAAAGAUGAAGAGAUGUUUCACUCCUUUUUUUUUUUUUUCAUUUGUGCUAAUUUUAUUUCUCUCUAAAUGUACUUGGCUGAUUGAUGUAGCAAUGAGUUUUAACUCAAUUUUUCUUUCUCUCCUUGGGCUGGGAGAAUAGUCCCUUCUGCAUUUCCGUAAUUGUUCAUAAUGGUAAAAGAGUUCGUAUAGGAAACCUUGAUAGGCAUUUUAAGAAGUAAACUUUGUUUAUGCCCCUGCGACAUAAACUUGAUCGCAACAGUUCAUAAAAUGGAUUUACAGAAAUUAGCUGCUCCUUAUGCACAUUCUGUGUGGCAUUGAUCUGCUUGCCUUUUCCUUUCCUUUCCUUUCCUUUCCUUUCCUUUUCUUUUCUUUUCAGAGCCAGUGUGGUGUAGUGGUUAAGAGCGGUAGACUCGUAAUCUGGUGAACCGGGUUUGAUUCCCUGUUCCUCCACAUGCAGCUGCUGGGUGACCUUGGGCCAGUCACACUUCUCUGAAGUCUCUCAGCCUCACUCACCUCACAGAGUGUUUGUUGUGGGGGAGGAAGGGAAAGGAGAAUGUUAGCCGCUUUGAGACUCCUUAAAGGGAGUGAAAGGCGGGAUAUCAAAUCCAAACUCUUCUUCUUCUCUUCUUCUUUUUGUCUCCUUCAUCCUGACAUUAUGCUGCACAGAAAGCUUGAGAGGUUGAAAGAUUGGCUUUUGAUAGUCAUCAGCAAAAUUGGGUAACUGUGGAAAAUUAUAAAUCUAUUGUGUGGAGAAAGGGUGAGUGCAGAAAUUAAAUAAACACAAAUAUAUAUAAAUAUAUAUAUAUAUAUAUAGAUAUAUAUGAAUUUUUAGAGAAAUAAUGAACUGUGUUGAUGCUUUUAAUGCAGGGAGAAAUUUUACUUAGGGCUGAUAAUAGGGAAUAUCUGGUUUAGCAGAGCACAUAUUUCACAAAACCAGCUUUACAACAUCCAAGGAUAAUUUAUCUUGAUCCCAAAAUGCAAAUGCAGCAGGAACCAGGUAUAAAAAGUAUGUGUGCGAGUCAAAUAAGAUGUGGAAGAUUUCAUCAGCAUCUUGGUCUGUGUUUACAUCAAGAACACAACAGGACUUCCCUUCCUCCUCUUGCAAUCUCCCUCUCUCAUGUCAAUCUGCAUCUCUGCAGGAUGGUAAUCCAGUGUGCCUUUCUUCACCUUAGACAGGAGAAGAAUUAUUAACAUUUGUGGGGCAGCUUGUUUUCUGGGUUUUUGUGGCCUCCUCGGGAAAAGUGUGGAGGCUGCUGCCAAUAAAAUUACUGAAUGUCUCUGACACAUUUUUUUUUUUUAAUUGGUUAUACCUGUCUCCUUCCUAUUUACUGAACACGUCCUUCCUCACCCUCCAUAUUCUGUCUUUGUCUAAAUGUAAUCCUGGUUUAAAAGAAAACAGAAGUCGUCUGAACAAUCCCUGGGCUACUUCUGUACAAAUCUGGUUUUUACUGAAACAGGUGUUUAGGGAAAACACUCUCACCAAUGGUUGCUGUUACCAUGAGAUCAAUAAAGAUCUUGAUUAUAUCAAGCUGCA